AUGUCGUCGACAUGGCAAGUUUUACUUGCACUUGAUGCUCGUUAUAAUGUUCAUCGAACACCAAAUAAUUUUCAAUUUAAAACACUUUAUAUUCGAAGGCGAAGUCAAUUACUACGUGAUAAUCGUCCAAGUGAAGUAAGUUCAACUUAUUUUUGU